CUUGUACCUGAAACUGGCACUAGAAGGGCAGAAUGCCGACCAUCAAUUUAGUACGAAUUAGUGCCAUUUUUCAUUGAUAAAACAGAUCUCCAUCUGCCACAUUGAACUGUGAUAAGUGUGAGAGUGAUAUGCAAUUUGUGUCUUUCCCGUGGUCUUGGAAACAAAAUUCUGAGAAGGCCGCGUGUCGCAAGUCGCUCUCACAUCCUAAUUACAUUCCUAACGAAUGUCAAGAAACAAAUAGAGGUUCGUUAGCGGUGAAAUAAUUAGGACUAGGACAGAAGGACGCUGCACCGCAAGCUAAUGUCCUGCAGCAGAGGCUGUCGUGACUUGCUACUAGAGUAGCAGAUUACAGUGUUCGUCGACUCUCGCUUUCAUAAUAGUUCUUGCAAUGUCGACAGUGACAUCCGUCACCGUGAAUGACGCUCGAGUUCCCUCAGAACUGAAUCACAGGCUUAGUCAAGAAUAAAGAGAUUCUUCUGUUCAGGAAAGUAAACACGGGUCUAAAGGAAGACGUAAACAAAAUUAGGGCCUUCAAGUUAAUUGAUAUCGAAACUCUGCUACUGUUUAUGAUCCGUUUCUGCAGAAAAAGAUUUCGCUUGGUCAGAAAUGUAUUGAUAUAAUUCCAUUAAUUGAAAUUCGUCCCUCGGAAAGUAUGAUCCCACUAUGAUCGUCAAGGAUAAGGAAGGGAGUGUGAAAAAUAAUCGUGAAAGGAACUUUAGUUGGAAAUACGACCCCGUAUAUUUGAAGAGACUGUUUUUCUGAAUAGUGAUGUGUUCUUGCAAGUAAACUUGAUAAAUUAAUAAAAGUGUAGUAUAAGUGGAUCGAGUAGUCUUUUAUGUAGCAGGGCGAAUAUCGAAUUUGUUACAAAUAUUGUGGGAUUUUAUACUUAAAAAAUGAUUAAAAGAAAAAGAGUGGUAAAUAUAAACUUAAAAUAUUUUUUAGGGUACAGGGAAUAGUGCAUUUUUUGUGAACUGUGAUUUUUCAACGCGGAAUGGACCUGAGUACAACGCCGCGACGUCCACAGGAUGGCGUCGCUGAUCAUCAGAAAACUAGAGUCGCGAAGAGUGUCUUCAGCAUCCGAAGUCUGGUGGAUGUAGAGGAUUCGGUGUUCGCGGCAAACGGCGAAGAACAUAAUGCAGAUAAUCCAGCACGUGGUAGCAGCGAGGCUGUCUCACAGACGAGUCCUGCGAGCAGCACGAGCAGCUCCAGCGUGAGCCAGGCGAGUCAACACGUGACCCAGGUGAGCCAGUCUCACCAGCAAACGGGCCAGAGCCAUCAGAUCCAAAUGGGCAUUUCUACAGAGGAAGUAAGGCCCGAAGACGAGGGUGCACAUCCCAGGGCUGCGCCCACAAGUCCUGAAAGUGAGGCUGAAGCAGACGAUUUUGCACCGAAAAGAAAACAACGGAGAUAUCGUACAACCUUCACCAGCUUCCAACUUGAGGAACUCGAGAAGGCGUUUUCCAGAACCCACUACCCCGAUGUCUUCACGAGAGAGGAACUCGCCAUGAAGAUUGGUCUGACGGAGGCUCGCAUACAGGUCUGGUUCCAGAAUCGACGAGCAAAGUGGCGGAAGCAGGAGAAGGUUGGACCACAGGGUCAUCCAUACAAUCCCUAUCUGGGAGCAGGAGGACCUCCACCUUCGGCAGUGGUAGCACCAACAUUACCAAAUCCAUUCGCCCACCUUGGGUCCUUUGCACUUCGAAAACCUUUCGACGCCUUUCGCUAUCCUCCUCUAAGUCAUGGACCUGUCCUCCCGGGUGGAUAUCCACCCCACCCCUAUCAUCGAGCCCCACCUCCCCUUUUACCACCUGGAAUGCCUCUUCCUUAUACCUCAGCUGCAUCCUUCCAAAGCCUCCUGGCGAAUAUUUCCGCCGCACAACGCCCAAAGUUGGUCCGCAGUUCACCACCUCCACCUCCUCCACCUGCGCCUGCGAUUAAUUUGCCUCAUCCUCCGGCUCCACCCCCGCCUCCGCCACCAGCAUCCAGUUCCCCACAAGGAUCACCCACUGGAAGUGUCUCUGGUCCACUGCCGGAUAUUGAUAGACGGACGAAUAGCAUCGCCUCUUUAAGACUCAAAGCGAGGGAAUAUGAACUGCACCUUGAGAUGCUGCGCAAGAACGGAGACCUCAUCAGCUGAAAAACGCAACUUCAUUUCACUGUGAAGUGACCUUCCUUCGCGGGAUCGAGGAUAGUCAUUGCAGUUUUUUUUUUCUUCUGAGAGGGAGUCUAUGAUCUUGCAGAAAGUUAUGGGAUUUAGGAAAAGUUUGUUCCCAUCGGAUAUCAUUGAAGCUUAGAAGUUAGAAGAUGAGUCUCAAUUUUAAUAGUUGUUUUAGACCAACAAUAUAGUUAAAUGACAAUUUCUUUGUUAGUUAUAAGAUAUUUCCUCUAGAUGAAUCAUCCAAUGAUUAGAUAAAAAAAUUGUGAUUUCUGUAUUUAUGGUUAAAGACGCUUCUUAAUGACAAAUCAUCAACUGAUUAUUAUUUCCAAAAUUAAUAUGAACUCAUUUCUAAUUUUCAAAUCCACAUAAAGUUGUCAAACAUUUCUGCCGCCUACCACGCUUUUAAUUUCGUUAAUUAUCAUUUCUUUCUUAGAAAAAAUGCAAUUUUAUUUCAGAUAAGAGUAUUAAAUUUGUUACAUACAUUCGUUUGAUGUUUUCGUCCAAAAAUUAUUAGUUUAUUCAUCAGGGUAACUUUACCCGUAAUUCCAUGAUCCUUCUCAAAUCAAUGGAUCUUUCUUGGUUAGAUUCUACAAGUGUAGCAUUCGGAUAAACACAUCCAAUUUAAAAAAUUAAAAAAGUAUCUUGGAAUUGCAGUUCUUCUUCGUCGACUUCUCCCUUGACCAAUAAGGAAGACUCUCAAUUCUCGAAUUUGUAAGACUCCUCAUAUUGGUUACUUGAGUAGUGUUUGCUUUUUAGCGAAGACGAUGAUGCGACUCACAUCCAAAGAUCCACAUUCCUUAUCACAUUCUGGAUUUUUGAACGUUCCAUUAUUCUAAGAAAGAUACAUAUACUCCUUCUUCGAAGAAAAGUUCCCCAAGUAUCUCUUACUUGCAUCUAAUGCAUAUCUGCUUAAUUCCUGAAUUCCCUUCAGUCGAUAAAAAAACCUUUACUCAGAAAAAUUAUUUAUUCUCUUUGAAAGAAAGUAAUUUCUUCUAUAUGAACUUCCCCUAAAAAGUUUAUGAUCUCUGCUCAUGAAAAUGUAAAAUAAAAUGCUAUUGUUAUUUUCAAACUUGAUUAAAAACGUAUGAGUAAAGAUAAUUUUAAAGGACUUUCUCUCGAAUGUUUAAAAAAUGUGACAAGGGAAAAAGUGUAUGCAUAUUGUUAAUUGAAAAGAGGAAUCGUGCAAUAGACGUGAAAAACGUAUACACGGGAUGUAAAAUAAUGUAGGCAAAGCAUUCCUCGCCCUGCGUCUCUAGUGAGUAGUUAUAAAGGAACUUUUGUUAUUAAAAUAAACAUGCGUAUUAGGUAUCAAAAGGGUAUCUACGUAUAUGAGCAGAAUAAAGCCUCUAUUGCAUUAUCAAUAAGACAAAAAUCGAGCACAAAAUAGAAGGUUUAUACAAAAAAUGUCGUGUGCCUUAGAGGAAAUUUUUAACGAUAGGUAUAAUCGUUACGAAACGAUUAUUUUCCACCGCCCUGUGAUUCGCGUAGAUCAUAAAAUAAAACAUCCGUCCCAAAUUCGUACAUGAUCAAUAUUUUGUUAGCAAAAAAAAAAUCGAUCAUAUUCGUUAAAUUUAAGGCUUUACGAACGACUAUAAGUAUCUAGUAUCAGAAGAAGAUAAAUCUCAUUUUUAAUUACAAUCAUUUAGAAACUAAUCCUUGAAAUAUUAAUGAAGUGGAUCGAUUUUUUUUUAAUUGUGGCUAACAUAAAUUCAUAAAAAGAUAAGGAGAUACGUACUUAAGAAUAUUGUGAUGAACCUAGAGCUUUGCUUUUAAAUUUGUAAUUGAAUAUUACAACGAUUACGACAGAGAUGCAUAUAUAUGUUUAGUUUUAAACUACGCGUUAUACACCGAGACAAAGGUAUUUAUACGUAUAUUAUAAAUAUAUUAUAUUGUUACUAAAAUUUUACAAACAAGUCUGUAAAUAGGUUCGAAAUGUGCAUUAUAGAUAAACGGAAAUGCCUUGCAUCUAACCACUAUUCUCUAUGAUAAAAGACAGGAAUGUUUCUCAUCUAAGCGAAUUGAACUUCGUGCUUUAGUACUUUUAGACAUUAUUUACUGAGGAUAGAAAUAAAGACGGAAAAUAUAGAAAAAAAGAUAAAUAUGAACAGAAAAAAAGUAAAGGAAAUUAACGUAAUUGUAAUUUUUUUGAUAAUUCGUCGCUUGCGAUUCGAAUAAGAAAGAUUUUGUAAAAAGCACAAGUGGAAGAGAACCGAAGUUCGAAAAUCCUGCGGCAUUUAGUUAAUAUUUUUACCAAUUUUUUCAGUUUGUACCUCGAAGUGACGCCACAGCUUCCUUUCGUGUCCCAAUUUUAUUCACAAUAAAAAUAGGUUAUGUGCGUCACUCCCUUAUGAUUUAUUAACUUUUUGCAAAAAUAAAGCAUUGUCAAUGAAUAA